UUGUGUUGUGUUGGUAAGGUGUGUUGGGUUGGAGUCUGGAGAAGGUAACAAACUUUGUGCCCUUUGCGAUUUGCAAACGCAGACACAGAGACAGACACAGGGUGGGCAGUUGAUGGCGGCUAAUUGGAGAAGGGCCUUGGCUGCCUUCCACCGAAGCAUGGCCAUCGUAACAAACCGGAGUUCCACCCCCGCCUCUCUCAUUCUUCCACUCUCUCUUUGCAGGCAUCAUCAAUUUAGUUUCGUUUCUGGUUUUUCUUCUUCAAAUGACAAUAUUACCCGCCCACUCGGUCUCGAUUUCUCCAACGAAGAGAGCAAGAGGCGCAUGUUGAACAUGCUGCUAUAUAGGAGCAAACAACGUGGGUUCCUUGAAUUGGAUUUGGUUCUGGGGAAAUGGGUGGAAGAGCAUAUCUUCUCCAUGGAUGAAAAUGGAAUCAAGGCACUUGUUGAUGUUCUUGACCUGGAGAACCCUGAUCUUUGGAAGUGGUUAACUGGCCAGGAGCAACCCCCAGAGGCGGUGAAUAUUAAUCCUGUGUUCUCAGCUAUUCAUGACAAGGUCAUGACCAACCUGAACAGCCAUGCGGCUCCUGAGACAAGGGCAGUUGCUGGGCAGCCAUGGGUAAGAGGGUGGGAUGACAUCAAGAGAGGCAGAGACAGCCCUGUUUCUGGGAAUCAGUAACUCAGCUACCUAUAUUUAGAACUGUAACAAGCAAGUUAUAGAACAUGCUAUAUAUUAUAUCGUUAUUAUUAGUAGCAAUGUAAAAUAAAUGACUACUGUUUUGUUUAUAGAUCAUGCUAUAUUAUUGUUUUUAUUACUGGCAAAUUGGCCCUGUAAAAUAAAUGGCCACUGUACUCUUUCUAGUUAGAAACUGGUAGCCCUGGCCCUGGGGUUUAAUAUUUAAUGAUCAGGCUUUGUCUGUGCA